AUGAGUUUUGCUAAAAGUACUCCUUAUGCCAUUUUAGCAUUGAGUGGAAUCUUAGGAAUGGGAUAUUUAAUAUAUGAUUAUAAGAAAUGUUAAAGGGAAAUACUUUAGUUUGAAGCUGAUCUAAUUCAAUUUUAAAAAGAUUAAGAUCUGAAAAAGGAUAACUAAGAUUUUUUCUUUGAAUAAAAAGAAGUGCCAGUUAUUUCUAAAAUAAAUUCAAACAUCUAAACUACAAGAUAGACAUACUGUAUUUGCAUUACAGGAGGACCUGGAAGUGGCAGAACAAGUGUAGUAACAUUUUUAUAAGAAAGACUUAAAGACUUUUAAUAUAAUGUAAUUGUAGUACCACUUCUUGAUGAUUAUAUAUUGGGUUAAGAUUAAGAAAUUAUAUAAAAAUUAACAAAGUAGGAAAGAAAUUAAUUUAUAAUCAAGAAAGUUAUUUUAAUGCAAAAUUUACUUGAUUAUUCUAAAGAAUUAGCAAAAUAAGUAAAAGAUAAAGAUUCUAUAAUUCUUUGUUAAGGUGGAAUAUUAGAUAUAUUACCUAACCAAGAUGAAACUGAUUAAUUUUUUUAGGAACUUCAAGAAGAAUUUAAACCAUUAGCUACUAUAAGAGAUAAAAAUUACGAUGCUGUUAUACAUUUAGUUACUAAUGCAGAAGGUCUUUAAUAAAACUUUUAUUUUGGCAAUUCUUUUAUUAAUAGAGAUGUAGAAAUUAAAAAAGCCAUAGAAGCUGAUAAAUUAAUUUAAAAAAUUUGGAUGGGUCAUCCAAAUCACUUUUUAAUUGACAAUCGAGGAUGUACAUUCGAUAAAAAAAUUUAAAGGGUUUAUAAGACUGUUUAAAAAAUAUUAGGAAUGGAACAAACAAAUAUAAGAUGGGCUAAAUAUUCAUUAAAAUCAAGUAUAAAGUUUUAUAAAUUAUAAGUAUCUUUACCAAAUAAUCUUUAUUUUACUAAAAUAAAAAUUACAGAUAUAUUUUUAUUAGAUAAAAAUGUUAAAGAUUAAAAUGAAAUAAAUAGAGUUAGAAUGAGAUAAGUUGAGGGAGGAAUUAAAUAAUAUUAUUUAAUUACAACAAGAAAAUUUGAAAAAAAAGAGAAUGUUUAAUUUUUAAGAAGAAUUAUUUCUUUUUCAUAAUUUCAUCAUAUGGUGAAUAAAGCUUAAAAUGAAAUAAAGAUCUUAAAAAGAGAAAGAUUUUGUUUCACUUAUGAAAAUUAGUAAAAAUCAAUAUUAAUUUAGAUUAAUGUAAGUAGAUUUGUUCGAAUCCAAAUAAUUGGGAAUUUUAAGAUUAACUUAGAAUGAUGCAACUUAAAUGUAUAAAUGGCCUCCCUGGAUAAGUGUUGAUAAAAGAAUUGAUGGUAUACAUACUUAUUAGAAUUAGACAAUCCUAAAUAUGAUUCAUUUAGUUUGGCUGAACUCAAAAACCCUUGAAUAUAUAUUAUUAGUAAAUUAAAGAAAUGCUCC